AUGGGGCUCAUUUUCGUAGCCUGCAUGCUCUUAGGGGCCAUGCCCUUCGCUGUGAACGGACAACAGACAACAUGUCCUACAUUGCCUCCUUUCACUAUGGCAGCAACCCGGCCAGCGAACCAACAGGAUCCCAACCAGUAUUUUGUUGUUGGAGGGAUGUUUGAUGUUAAUGAACGUGGAGCCACAGCAUACGAGUGUAACAGAACAGUGAAUGAUGUUGGAUUUCUAAACAUGGUGGCUUUUUUCUGGGGAAUUAACAAGUAUUUUAAUUCCGUUUUGGGAAACAGACAAGUGAGCAUGGGAGCUGUGGCAUUUGACAAUUGUAUGAGAUAUGAACAGACAAUAGAGAACAUGUAUGACUUUGCACAGUGUAGAAUCAAUGUGGACAAUAUGCAGAGGGAGAAUCUAGUUGCAUAUGUGGGGCCUUACACAAACACAGAUGCUGAAAAUGCAGGCGCUCUUGCUGCAGAUUUGUCAGUUACUAUGUUCAGUCCAGUGGCAGACUCUCCAUAUCUCACAUUUCAGAAUCAGGAAACUCUGCUAAAAAUGAGGCCCUCAUUUUCAUACGACUUGCAAGGAAUUGUUGCGUUUCUAAAUCGUGUGAAUGCAAGCUUUGUUAUCAUCUUGUACUCAAGUUCUGAUCGCCACUGGAAGGCUGCCUAUGAAGAACUGACCCAGCUAAUAAGAUCCAGCUCGGCUGCUACUGUACCUUGUAUACAAUACACUGCAGACAUAGAUACGAUGCAGAUGAGCACCAUAUUAACCAGACUCUUCAACAGUGUCUCCGUGAAAUACAUUGUGCCACUUAUGUCUGCAUCUAAGGUGUCCUCUUUGAUGACCGAAAUGAAUAUGUUGAGUAGCACUCUGAGCAGUUUUAUAUUCAUUCUCACGUCGAGAAUAGGAAGAGAUCGACAGCUGCUGGAAAGUAAGGCAGCACUGGGUAACAACACCAUCAUUAUUGACCUAACAGAGCCUGCCGACUUUACUGCCACAUUAAAUGAGUUCAACAGCUUUCUUCAGAUGUUAAACAUGAGUGACUCAACCCCUGGUCUAAACAGUGAUGUCGGCAAAGUUUGGAUGACAGAUUAUUUAACAAGCAAGAGGCCACUGGAUUUGACUCGUGACACAACAGCAAGCCCUGUCAAAUUCAGUGUAUAUUAUACUUUGUCCAGUGUCAAGGCCAUCAUUCAGGGAAUAGACAAUGCAUUCAUGAAGUGUGGAGGAAAUACCUACCAGUUCUGCAGUAAAUACCGUAAUCUGGGAAGCAAAGUCAGUGCUUUAUAUUUAGAGCUGAAAACAAAGCUGGGCAUGCACAUGAACAGCUCUGGGGACCUGCUCUACAACAACAUCAAAUACACCAUCUAUGUGUUCAAUGUCAAGAACGAUGCCAGCAGCACAAUCACUUUCCAGCCGCUCAGUAAUUUGACUGUGACUAAUGGCAUGGUCAACCCUAUCACUGAGGACCUGAGAAAUGGAGCAUAUGGCAGCUUAUUUGGCAACCCUUCUUGCCCGAACCCAGGCCAGGGUGUGUGCUGUGAGGUGAUCACUAGUACUACAGCUGCGCCAACCACAGCUGUGACGGGUGGCAACGCUUCGACAACAUCCAUUCCCACGACCCCUAGUAAAUACAGCCAGGUAAUGUAUCCUGUUGGGCAGGUAAUCACAGGUGCUUUUUCUGAGGAGGAACGAUAUGAUAACGAAUAUGGAACUCGUUUUGAUGUCGGCCAGAAGUGGAUUAUUGCUCUCGGAGUUCUUGCUGGUCUAGGAAUCCUGUGUGUGAUUGUGUUUGAGAUCUACAUCCUGUACAAACUGUUGGGCACCCCCACAGGCAGCAGGUGGAGAACCAUGUGGCUGGGACAGCUCUUGCUGUUUGGAAUCUUCCUCUGCUAUCUGGUGUUGUUUGCAUAUCUGCCAAUUCCCACUAAGGCUACGUGUGGUAUCACCCGAUUUGGAGUUGGAGUCUCAUAUGCCUUCUGUUUUGCUGUUCUGCUGGUCAAGCUAAUGGUCAUCCUGACCUCCAAGCCCAGUGAUGUACUUUUGCCAGGUGAUGUGGAGACACCCAACUACCUGAAAGGCACAUACCAGUUCCUUAUGUUCAUCUUUGCUGUUGGUGUACAGGUUGUCAUUGACAUCCAGUGGCUGAUAACUGUCCCUCCGGAGGCCGUCAAGGUUACAUCCAACAGUGGGGCUAAAGUCUGGAUCUGCAACCAUUACACCUGGGAGGCUGGGUCCAGUAUGAGUGUCAUGAGUGCCUUUGUGCGCACAGAGUUUGAGAACCAUCUUAUGUCUCUCAUCUACAUCAUGAUCAUGAUCCUCAUCACCACAGUGUUGGCUCUCAAGUCUCACGGAAUCAUCACCAACCAUCGAGAGAGCAUCUUUAUUGGGAUUGCUGCAGGAUUCACAAUUCCUAUUUGGCUGGCGUGGGGUCUAGUUGGAGGACUCAACAAAGAUCAUGCUUAUGCACAUGAAUUUGGGGACGCCUGCAUAGCUUUUGGGCUCCUGAUCACUGCAAGUCUCAUCCUGUUUGCCAUGUUCUUGCCAAAGGUUCGUCACCUUGUAAACAUGGGUAUAGAAGGAAUCUACCUUGAAGAUGACAGAGAGACCAUCUAUGGAGGAUCUGUAAUUUUGGCGCCUCCCAGCUACAAAAGCAAAGGGUCUGGCUCUGUGAUUGUUCUCAACAACCAGGGCAUCUACUCUGAACCGGUGAUCAUCAAUGGAGAUCCCAUGGCCACACACUUGAAACACCCUGGAAGCGUGUACAGCGUCCCAGCUAACUACAUGAAACACCCGGAGUCCAUGUAUGGGGGAAGUACCCGAGUUCUGCGGGUCACUGACGACCUCAGGGGACGAUACCCGCAGAAGCGCUCCCAGUCUGAGGUGGCAUAUGGUGCUUCCAGACGCCCACGAUCACACAAAGGCACUCUUCCAAGAUCACGAUCGCAGACGAACCUAGGAGCCUUAUAA